GGUGUAUUGCAGUAUCUAUAGUAUAUCUGGUACACUCUUUUCAUAAAAUCUAUGUUCUACAGUCUGCAGAUCGUGGAGACAGAUGGUAAACACAAACAUAGCCUUACUAGAUCGGGAAAUUUUUGCACGCUUCAUCCAUCAAUUUGCUCCAAACCCCGCGGAACUGGUUCAUGAACCCUUUCCGAAACAUAGAAACUGCAACACUGCAUCAUCGGAUAUCCUCCACGCACACACAUACGCGCCAUGAACUAAAUUUCCUUCGUGUCCCACGCUAUUUAUUACAUUUCAGCCCUUUUACCCUUCUCAGAUUAAUAUUGUGUGCGAAGCUUCUGCAAACAAUUAUCCCCUUGACUAAAAGCCGCGAAGCCUUCUGGCGACUUAUGCGGUGCCAUGUCCACUCACCAUCCAGCGCCUACUGGUAUUUUUGAGUUACAGAAGCCGGGCCCUUCGAGACCAUCACAUGCGCUAGCAGGACCCAGAUACGCAAGAGACGAAGGUGCGGCUACGGACAGCGAUGCAUCCGUGAUGGAACAUGAAGAUGAAGACCUCCAGGACGAGGAAGACGUCGAUGAAUCAGUGAAAGAGGAUAUGAAGAAACUUGAGGAUACGUUUCCCGGAAUCUCGGAUAGGUUUCGCUUGGUAAAUAGAAUUGGUGAAGGCACUUUCUCUACCGUGUACAAAGCGGAGGAUUUGUUGUAUGAUCAUUACAGGAACGAUUGGGAUAUGUUUCAAGGUCAUCAAUGCGACAGUUGGACGAGCCCUCCCUCAAAAAAGCGACGUGUAGAGGGAGAACGUGGACAAUCCUUGCCUACCAAGCGACAGAAACCUCGUUAUGUUGCCCUAAAAAAAAUAUACGUGACUAGCAGUCCAUUUCGUAUUCAAAAUGAACUUGAGCUGCUACAUGACCUCCGAGGCUGUCGAUCCGUAUGCCCCCUGAUCACAGCCUUUCGAUACCAGGAUCAGGUUGUAGCGGUCUUGCCCUUCUUUCCUCAUACCGAUUUCCGUAUACAAUACCGCACAUUCUUGGUUGCGGAUAUGCGACAUUACUUCCGGUCCCUUUUUACCGCCUUGCACUCAGUCCAUAAACACAAUAUCCUCCAUCGCGAUAUUAAACCGACCAAUUUCCUUUAUAAUCCAGAAAUUCGAGAAGGUGUCUUGGUGGACUUUGGUCUGGCUGAGCGCGAGGGGUCCGAGUAUACAGGCACGUGUCUUUGUGCCAACCCAAGCUAUGUCCGUCGCAGUAGAUUGUUACAGAGCUACUACUCCACCCAUUGCUCAACCUCGACUUUGUCGGCCGGCUACCCGAAGAACGAUUCUAGACCAUCAAGGCGUGCUAACCGAGCAGGAACACGGGGUUUCCGUGCGCCAGAAGUUCUUUUCAAGUGUACAUCUCAGACGACGAAGAUAGACAUGUGGUCGGCAGGAGUAAUCCUUUUGACUUUACUUGGUCGUCGCUUUCCUUUCUUCAACUCCGCUGAUGAUGUUGAUGCUACGAUAGAAAUGGCUAGUAUUUUCGGGACGCGUCGCAUGAAGACGGCGGCAGCUAUGCAUGGGCAGAUAUUUGAAACAAAUAUUCCAACAAUUGGAGAGAAAGGAUAUAGUUGGGAGAAGCUUGUAAAGUGGGCCAGCUGUGUGGAGGAGUUAACUGAGAGCGAGAAACAAGCAACUCGCCUUCUGGCUGGUCUCAUGGAAUUGGAUCCAUAUAAACGAUUGAGCGCCAGAGAUGCCCUACAACACGAGUUCUUUACGGACCCCAUAGAACACGAUGUUGAAUGGGGAGGGAAUCCCGAGGAUAGUGCUGAAUCUGUGGAGGAGGACGAAGCGGACAAAGAUGACGAGGCUGAUGAGGUCGCAAUGAUUUAAACCCCAGAACAAUUUAUGAUAAUGAUAUCUUCUUAAUACGCUCUAGGGAAUUUUUGCUCCAAAAAGGUCGCCCAGCCACUAGUUCUAUAUGUUGACUACAGUAUCGCUGCGAUUGGUUUAGGCCGUGUUCACGCAUCGUGCAGUUCCACCCUUGUUCAAAAAGGCUUUGAAGAGUAGUCCUGCAGAUGGUACGACCGGUC